AUGGCAACUAAAGGUGUGGCCACAUCUUCAUCAUCAUCAUCCGAGAGGAAACAAGAGGGUGGACUACAACUGAAACAACAACAACAACAACAACAACAAUAUGUUAGACCAGACUCUUCACGAGGUACAAACAACAACAAUAACAACAAUAACAAUAAUAAUAAUAGUGUCAGUGAUGAUGAUGAAACAUCGGACUACUCUUCAUCGGAGUAUGACACAGAGUCAUUCACAUCGUCAUACUAUGACAGUUAUACAGCGGAUAGUUAUACAGAUAGUGACUAUGAAAGCAGCAGUUAUACAGACACUGACGACUCUGACAGCGAUCAUGAACAUGAGGGUAUCAUCAAAUCAACGCCCGACAAGGCUCCAGUAGUUGAGGCGACCCUAAUGGAAGAGCAACCACAUCAACAACAACAACCUAGUAUACAAUGCUUGGUACCAGACAGAGACAAGGACCAAGACAACGCGCAUCAACUCCAACUACAACAACAAAAUAUAGAGAUUCAGGAGCUGGCACCAAUGAUUGUUGACACUCAUAUGUCGGCACCGACCGAAGAGGUUGUUGUUGGAGAGGAGACACAUCCUAAUGAUGUUGUCAGCCAUGACCAAGAACAUGCCCAGGAGCAGGACCAGGACCAGGACCAAAUUGGAGAUGAUCUUAGCUCAUUGACAUCAAUGGUACAGUUGCUUGACAACUUGGCCAUUGGUGACCAACCAUCAUCAUCAUUGUAUAGUAUUGAAUCGUUGGAACUGGAUCAUCAUUUGGUCGGUCUGGAAACUGGAGUGGCGGAAGGUACAUUCACAUUGGAUGGACUGAGUGUCGAAGGCAUCUCAUUGGAUAGUUUAAAUUAUGAAGACAAUGCAGAGCUGGAGAAUACUGCCAGCUUGCCACUGCCCAUCCUACUUCCAUCAACGACCACCACAUCAACAGCGAUUACCAACACCACCAAUACCAUAGCGACACUACCAACUACAACAACAUCAACAACAUCAACAAAAACAUCAACAUUGUUGCCAAUAUCAACAACAAGUGAGUCAGCUUCAGAGAGCAGUGACUAUGAAACUUAUACGAGUAGCAACACAUUUAGUGAUGAUUAUACCACUUCCAGCAGUGAAUAUGACUCUGACUACAGCUCCAGCUACUCAAGUGUCAGCAGUAGUGAUGCUGGCGACUACUCCGAUACUGAGGAAGACUCUGGAAGUGACAUGUCCUCCUGA